AUGUUCUGGGGACUCAGCCCAGCGCUCGAUUUGCAAGAAGAAUACUUAAAUCAUGGAGACAAAAGCGCCUACGAACUAAAUUUCUUGGUCAUUGGCGGAUGUGAUGCAAGACACUUGAUCAAAACCAUCGCUCAAGCUUACAGACAUGAGCGACGCUACAUGAAUCUUUUCGUCGUCGACGGGUGCCCGGAGAUCGUUGCCCGGCAGCUGCUGCUGAUGUCUCUGGCUUUGGAGAAGACUACAAGAUGUGGUUUGAUGGAAAAGACAAGACGGUUCCUCGAAGUGUAUGGGAAUAUGCUGCUUCGCCCUCCGACCUCAAGGUACAUAAUCGCUAAAGCGCGUCAACUCGUUGGCAUGGUCACAAAUCCAGAUUUCAUGAAUUGCUUGCUACCAUGCGUUUCAAUAGAGCAAAUGAAAUAUCGUGAACGCGAUUACAUAGAAAACCUACUCAACUUUUGGACGACAGGAAACACAAAUCAAUUUAACGCGUGUGAGUUAUGGGAACAUCGACUGAGAAACUCCUUGGGACUUAGAUAUGACAGUAGAGCGGGAGUGUACGAUUGGGAUUAUCACAUGCGUCUGAAAGAGAUAGCUGGUCAAAUCUGUUUCCAAGAGUACAAGCAUUUUAGAGAACACGGGAUAGCAUUUACAUGGCUGGAGACUGAGGUAUGCCGACCAAAUGUUACUUUGUCAGCUGGAGUUUAUAAGUGUGGGGAUAGAUAUCUGCACAGAGGAUAUCUUGGUGACAUUGUGGCUUCACCGUACAUAGCUUACGGCUUAGACUGCGAAGACAAGGACAUGCUGAAAUCAUCCCAUGGAGUGAAUUACAAACGUGCAACUGACAUAUCUGAGCGCAACCUCAUGCGCAUGUUGUAUGAGGUGGAGAAUAAGGAGAAGUUUGACGUCAGUAUGAUGAAUCUGGAUAAUCAAAAGAACUUAGGAAUGGUGGUAUUAAGCGAGCUUGACGCGAAGAUCUCGCAAGGUGGUCCAGAAGCGCCUUUGCUCCUCCGUGAAGAUCGGGAUACUUAUAUCAACGUGGAUUACGCUAAAGUGCAUUUCUUGUCGCUUUCUGCGUUGGAUCAUUACCCUCACAAGCCGCAGUUCCAGGGUCUGUUCCACGGGGUAUUUUUGGGGCAUAACAUGUUGCCUCGGGUGAAGCCGAGCGUGUGGUCUAUGGCUAGAGACGAUGCGGUGGUGAUCAUGGAGUCGCGCAAGUACAUGGUGGAGCUGAAGAGGGAAGACGUGAAGGCUUACGGAGAACAGGUGCAGCAGGCGGCGACGGCGGCCCAGUGCGACAAGCUCGGCUCGUUUGACCCGAGAAGGAUGAGUUCGCCAAAUUUCGCAUUAAGCGAUCUAGCGGCAGUUUUGAUCUCGGUACUUAAAGUUAGUUUUUCAAAUGAUUAACUCUAAGCUACUAUUGUCUAUUGUUUAGUAUCCAAGAUGGUUUACCUGACUAUAAACAUAUUAUGAUUUAAUUGCGAAAUUAAACCAACUUUUACUAAAUCUUGGACUAUCCUUUUAAGUGCAAUAACGAUGUAGCUAUUAACGAAGUUUUUACUUUAGGGAAAUUCAUGGGAUCCCAGUAAGGGGAUAGAUUUGAAUGAUGGUGUUUACCUACAGUAUGUGGAUUGUUUAGUUAUUUGUUAUUACUUAUUUAAUUAUGUUAUUCAUAUUCUUGUACUUUCUUUAUCUAUUUAGAA